GCGGCGCUGCCCCGUUCCCGGCCCUGCGGACCCGCCCCGGGAGCGGGCGGUCCCGGGCCGCCCCCGGCCGCGCUGACAUCAGCCGUGAAAAGGGCGCGGGCGGCGGCAUCCGCCACUGCCGCACCGGGACCGCGGGAUCGGCGCCGCAGACCCCCCAGCCGUCAGCAUGGCGAACCGGGGACCGUCGUACGGGCUGAGCCGGGAGGUGCAGCAGAAAAUCGACCGGCAGUACGACCCCGAGCUGGAGCAGGUGCUGGUGCGCUGGAUGGUGGGGCAGUGCGGCGGGGACGUCUCGCAGCCCGCACCCGGCCGCGACGGCUUCCAGCAGUGGCUCAAGGACGGCACCGUGCUGUGCCGGCUCAUCAACAGCCUGUACCCGCGGGGCCAGGGGCCGGUGGCCAAGAUCCAGGCGUCCACCAUGGCCUUCAAGCAGAUGGAGCAGAUCUCGCAGUUCCUGCAGGCGGCCGAGCGCUACGGCAUCGCCGCCACCGACAUCUUCCAGACCGUUGACCUGUGGGAAGGGAAGAACAUGGCGUGCGUGCAGAGGACCCUGAUGAACCUGGGCAGCCUGGCGGUGGCCAAGGGCGACGGGCUCUUCGUGGGAGACCCCAACUGGUUCCCCAAGAAAUCCCAGGAGAACCGGCGCGUCUUCUCCGAGGACAAGCUGAAGGAGGGCCAGAACGUCAUCGGGCUGCAGAUGGGCACCAACCGGGGCGCCUCGCAGGCGGGCAUGACGGGCUACGGCAUGCCCCGCCAGAUC